AUGUUAGACUCAACGAGGAAAGAUACCGAGACAAGAAUCACUUUGAUAGGCACUGGCACAAUCGGACUGUCGUUCGCAGCCUUGUAUCUCGCAUCUCACCUUGCCAGCCCAUCGCAGCUCACCAUCUACGACACCCGCACAGAUGUGGCCGAGUAUGUGCAAGAGAGCCUACCAAAGUUCUUCGAAGACGAGGAAAGCUCCUCGCUACCAUCAUUCGCCGAGGUGAAGAUCGCAAAGUCGCUGGAGGAAGCUGUCGAGCAUGCGUCAAUCGUCCAGGAGUCCGGACCGGAGAACGCACCGUUCAAAAUCAACCUCUGGGCAGAGGUAGAAAAGUACGCUCCCAAGGAUGCACUACUAUGGAGCUCAACAUCCGGCAUCCCAGCUUCUCAGCAGAACUGUAAGAUGCAAGACACGAGUCGUGUGCUCGUGGUUCAUCCGUAUAAUCCACCGCACAUCAUGCCGCUCCUUGAGCUUGUACCAUCGCCCGAGACAUCUGGAGAAGUCAUCAAGCGGACACAUGAGUUUUGGCGCGCGAGGGGUCGUGUGCCGAUCCAUAUCAAGAAAGAAACUACGGGAUUUGUAGCGAACAGACUGGCCUUUGCGUUACUCCGCGAGGCUGUCUAUCUUGUUGAUCAGGGUGUGGUGUCAGUAGAAGAGCUGGAUCAAAUAGUUCAGACAUCGAUGGGCCCCAGAUGGGCAGUCGCAGGGCCCUUCAAGAGCUACCAUGCAGGUGGGGGUCCAGAUGGUCUUGAAGGCUUCUUCAAGAACAUCGGCGGUACCGUACAGGACUGUUGGGCGGAUUCAGGGACGCCAAAGGUGGGAGAUGGAUGGGAGGAGAAGGUGUUCAGGGAUGCAAAAGAGGCGUACGGCACAGUCGAUGUUGCUGAGCGCGACAGAAUAACGCGGCGACUGUUGCAGGUUUUGGAGGAGGAGAAGAGCAAGACUGGAUCGGCAUGGUAA